CAUACCUGGCGCUUUGAUUAAUGGAAAAAUUUCGAUUAUCAAUGGGGACACUUGUGCCAGUUGGCAGGCCGAGAAUUCGAAGGCAAACAAAGGGGUCUAGUCCAUUGUCGAGACCCCGACCGCUGCCGAGUGGAGUGUAGAGUUUGGCGUGUUUAUGGAAGCGCUGUGGAUAUAACUGAAACAUACAACCUGUAUCCCUCUUCCACUCACGACACGCGUCGGAAUCUGGGCAAACAGCCUCCCGAGAUAAGAGCGCGUGACGCAGCCGCCUGGAGCAUCAGGCUUAUCGGGCGUGUCUUGCCCAUCGCAUCAGUCCAUCAGUUCCGUCGCAGUUCUUGUCCAGAAUGUCCACGUUGGAGAACGAGGUCACCUUCCGCAAACAGGCGGAGGUGAGUCAGAACCUGGAGGCGCAGUUCCACAGCUCCUUCUCGGACUUUAUUCUCAUCACCGAUCAUCGCACUUCGAAGAGCAAGAGCCUGGAGCAGUUGGAGGCCUCCAAGGAUGCGGAUGAUGGCACCUCCUGCUGUGCCAAGUAUGCCAAAAAUAUAUUCCGGAUGAAGACUCUCAAGCGGCGACUCCCCUUCCUCACCUGGCUGCCUCAUUACAAUACCCGUGACUGCAUCGGCGACCUUAUAGCCGGAUUCACUGUGGGACUCACAGUAAUUCCCCAGGGUCUGGCUUACUCAGGCGUAGUGGGAUUGCCCCCCGAGUAUGGCCUCUAUGGCGCCUUCAUGGGCUGUUUCGUUUACGUCCUUUUGGGAACAUGCAAGGAUAGCACCAUUGGCAGCACCGCUGUGGCCUCGUUGAUGACAUUCCAGUUCGCCCAGGGCUCCUGGCAAAGAUCUGUGCUGCUGACCUUCCUGACUGGCAUUAUUGAAAUUCUGAUGGCCAUCUUCAAGCUUGGCUGCCUGGUGGAGUUCGUUUCCGGCCCAGUUAGUGCUGGAUUCACCAGUGCUGUGGCUCUGAUUGUCUCCACCUCCCAAAUGCGAUCGAUGCUGGGCGUAAGGAGCGAAGGCGACUCCUUCCUAGCCACCUGGAUCAGCAUGUUCAAGGACAUCAAUAAUGCGCGAGUGGCGGACACGUGCUUGGGCUUCGGAUGCGUGUUCCUCCUGCUCGCCAUGCGAAGUCUGGGGAAACUUAAAAUUGGACCUAAAGAAGAGACCAGAAAGAGUAGUUUCCAUAGAGUCUUCAACCACGUGAUCAAGUUCCUCUCCACCUCGCGAAAUGCCUCGGUAGUUAUUCUCUUCACCCUCAUCGCCAUGCACCUGGAUGCUAAGGGAACGAACCCAUUCCGACUCACUGGAGAGAUCCCCAAAGGAAUGCCUUCGUUUUCGCUGCCACCGUUUUCGAUUGAAGCCCAGCCCGGAAACGAAACGGCAGGUAUUCCUCCAGUACCCGGACAGAACUUCCUUCAAAUGGUUCAGAGCAUGGGCUAUGGAUUGGUUAUUGUGCCUCUAAUGGCUCUUCUCGAGACCAUGUCCGUCUGCAAAGCCUUUGCCAAGGGAAAGCAGAUCGAUAUUACCCAGGAAAUGAUCGCCUGCGGAGUGGGCAACAUAGGAACCUCCCUAUUCUCCGGAUAUCGAUGCAAUGGCGGAUUGGCCCGAUCGGCGGUAAAUAAUGCCAGUGGCUGCCGCACCAAUAUGUCCAAUCUGUACAUCGGUGUGAUUGUGGUUCUGGCAUUGAAUUUCCUCACCGAUUACUUCGCUUUUAUUCCCAAAGCGGUGCUAGCGGCUAUCAUCAUCUCGGCGGUCAUCUUCCAGGUUCAGUACCAGGUCGUCACGCCCAUGUGGCGCAGCAAACGUUCCGAUUUAGUGCCUGGUAUUCUGGCCUUUGUCACUUGUCUGGUUUUACCUCUGGAGAUUGGCAUUAUGGUGGCCAUCGGAGUCAACCUCCUCUUCAUCCUGUACUACGCCGCUCGACCCAAGGUAACCCUCGAGCAACUGGAGACCCAGCAGGGCACCCGUUUCGUGAAGAUCACCCCGGAUCGUUGUCUGAUUUUCCCCUCCGUGGAGUUUGUGCGGAACAUGGUGCUCAAGUCCGGCAGCAAAUCCACCCUGCCAGUGGUCAUCGAUUGCACUUACAUCUACGCCGCGGACUAUACUGCCGCCAAAGUAAUCUCCUCCUUGGUGGAUGAUUUCCGGCGCCGUCACCAGAAGAUUAUAUUCUUCAAUCUGAAGCCCAGUGUUGUGAGCGUGUUCGAGGGCUUGAACACGAAGCUGGUCCUGUGCUACAACACCCAUGCUCUCAACCAGGAACUUAGGUCAGACGAUGCCGAUCUCAAUAGAUCCGUGGACUCCUUGGACCGAACAGAAUCUGGUAAUGGCACCAGUGAGUGUGUCAGCAUGGCCAGUACCCUUUCUUUGGCCAGGAGUUAGUAUAACAG